UACAUGAAUUAUAAACAACAUAGCUUAGCUAGCCAAUUGACCAUUCUUUGCAUCUGGAGUUUUGCUAUAUCUGUUAUCUCUCAGUUUCAACUCAGUCACCGAAAUGAAGUUCGUCAGGUUUAUUAUGAAGAAUGCUGCUUUGGCCAACGUGCCUCAACAUAUUGAACACUUUUCUAAAUUUUCUCCUUCUCCACUAUCUAUGAAACAAUUUCUCGAUUUUGGUUCUACCAACGCAUGUGAGAAAACUUCAUUUGUUUUCCUGAGACAAGAGUUACCAGUACGUCUGUCAAACAUCAUGAAAGAAAUCAACUUGCUCCCCAAAAGACUACUUACCACUCCAUCUGUUCAAAUGGUUCAAAGCUGGUAUAUUCAGAGUUUGAUGGAGAUCUUGGAAUUCUUGGAGAAAAGUCCAGAUGACCACAGAGUAUUAGAAGAGUUUGUGGAUACUCUGGUCAACAUCAGAAACAGACACAAUGAUGUCGUACCCACUAUGGCCCAAGGUGUGAUUGAAUAUAAAGAAGUUUUUGGUCAAGAUCCAGUCACAAAUCAGAAUAUUCAGUAUUUCCUGGACCGGUUCUACAUAAGCCGGAUAUCCAUCAGAAUGCUUAUCAACCAGCACACUCUUGUCUUUGAUGGUGCCACAAAUCCAGUUCACCCCAAUACCAUUGGCAGUAUAGACCCUGAUUGUCAGGUUUCAGAAGUUGUUAAAGAUGCAUAUGAAAGUGCCAAGAUGCUGUGUGAUCAGUACUACCUCAGCUCUCCUGACCUGGUACUUCAGGAACUCAACACUAACAACAGGAACCGGCCUAUUAACAUAGUGUAUGUGCCUUCUCAUCUCUACCAUAUACUGUUCGAACUGUUCAAGAAUGCUAUGAGAGCAACCAUUGAAAACCAUAAAGAAGACAGCAAUCUUCCUCUUAUCCAAGUUAUGGUGGCCAUAGGAGGAGAGGACCUUACUAUCAAGAUGAGUGACAGAGGUGGAGGAGUUCCUAUCAGGAAGAUAGAUAAUCUUUUCAGUUACAUGUACUCUACAGCACCAACUCCCCAGAUGGACAAGAAGCAAAGGGCUCCAUUGGCUGGGUUUGGUUAUGGGUUACCCAUAUCCCGGCUCUAUGCCAAGUACUUCCAGGGUGAUCUCCAUCUCUACUCUAUGGAGGGCCAUGGCACUGAUGCAGUUAUUCAUCUGAAGGCAUUAUCCACUGACUCAGUGGAGAGGCUUCCAGUGUUUAAUAAGACUGCUCGGCAGAACUAUAAAGUCAGCCAGGGGGCAGAUGAUUGGUGUGUCCCAAGCAGAGAGCCGCUGGACCUGGCUGUCUUCCGGCUGGCAAAGUGAAAAGGAACGCACCAGUUUGAAGCCUCCAGGAGGGAUAUUGGACACUUCCAUGACCACAUUAUUGAAGGGGGUUCAACAUGGUGGGACAGAAUGGUGUCCACAUGGCCUGGACCCAACUCUGCACUCACUGUGAAGAAGCAUAGACUCUCUGCAACACCGUAGUUGGCGCAUGCAAUUGUUUUCCUCUGUACCAUGACUAUAUCAUCUGCUUUUUUUGGGUUGAGAAAGUAGGCGUUUUCAAAGUGUUACCUAGAGACCAUACCAACCCAUGUAGAGUGUGAUGGCUACUAAAGUGCCAAAUUAAUCUGCAUUGAACCACACUUCCUUCUUUGAAAAAUUGUGAUGAGGAAGCUCCAGAUGUGGAGUAGUGGGCCAGGAGGACAUUCUAUGGCAUUUCUGUAUACUGUUUUGGUGGAAAGGGGCAUGAUCUUUUUGGUUAGAUAUAGGAACCAGCAUGUAACAACAGGAACUUAAAAUAGUUCUUCUAGAUCGGAGAUUAAGAUCAACAUCAAUAUGCAACCUAUGAUGGAUCAUAAUGUGUAUUAUAAGGCCUUGAUGUUUAAACAGCAUUAACAUCAGGAUCAAUCUAAAUCAAUUUCCUACCUAAUUUAUUACCUACUUUGUUUGGUACUAUAAAAGUAUUCUUACUCAGAAUAGCCAAAAGCUGAGAAAAAGGCCAUAACUGUGAUGCCAUUGUACUUGGUAUGUCAGUGUGUUGCCAAACAAGUCAAUGUCAUCCCUGGUUUUGUAUUACACUUUACUUUUAAUGUGCAAGGUGUUAAAAAGAGAUCAUGGAUUUAAAGGUUUAUAACCAGUAAGAAUGUAUUGCACUUAUACCUCUUACGUGCCGAGCAUUUUCGUACUGUGUUUUGUGCAUGUUUAUUGUUAAACAUCCUAAAGCAUUUUAGAUACCUCACUGAGUGAAGUUUACUCAAAGACCUUUGCUCAGCAGUUGCCUUUCAGUUUUGUGGGCUUUGGUCCACUAUGUGGUAGUUCUUGCUCUCGGCAAAUAUUAAACUAAGUGUAGGUACAAUGAAUUAGAGCUUUUGAAAUAGUUUGCCAUCUUUUUUUGGGAGCAUGCCUGAUGUAUUAAAGGAAAAGCCCACCCAAAAAUGAAAAUUCUCAUAAUUUACUCAGCCUCAUGCCAACCUAGAUGUGUAUGACUUUCUUUUGCUGAACUCUGAACUCUUUUGCUCUGUAGGUCCAAACAAUGAAUUUCAAUAAGGUCCAAAACUUUGAUGCUUCAAAAAGCCGAUAAAGGCAUCUUAAAAGUAAUCCAUACGACUGCAGUGGUUGAGUCCAUGUCUUCAGAAGUGAUAUGAUAGGUGUGGGUACGAAACAGAUCAAUAUUUAGGUCCUUUUUACUGUAAAUCUCUUUAAUCAGCCCUCUAAAAUGCUGUUCUCUCCUAAUUCUCCUAGUUCUUUUGUUUUUGCCGAUUGACAUUCUUCAUGCUAAUCGCCACCUACUGGACAGGGAGAAGAAUUUAUAGUAAAAAUGACUUUAAAUAUUGAUUAUUGAAAAAUUGUUUCUCACCAACAAUUAUCAUGUUGCUUUGAAGAAAUGGAUUUAACCACUUGAGUAGUAUUGAUUAAAUUUAUGCUGCCUUAAUGUACUUUUUUGAGCUUCAAAAUGUUGGUCACUAUUUACUUGCAUAGUGUGGACCUACAGAGAUUUGAUAUUUUUCAGCAGAAGAAAGAAUGUCAUACAUAUCAAGGAUGGCAUAAGGGUGAGUAAAUGAUGAGAGAAUUUUCGUUCUUUGGUGAACUGUCCCUUUAAAUCUGCUUUGAACUUGCACCAGUCAACUUGUAAGGACCAUUUUUUAUGUAUUUAUUGUCUGAUUUGUUUUUGUCUGAAACAUGC